GGGGGGGGAUGCGGGUAUUGGCUGCUAACCCCGACUAGCUCCGAAAGGGUGAACGUCGAAGCAAAAGGUACUUGGACGUGCUGACCAGCGUCUGGACGCGACUCGAUUCGCCCAUCUAGACGGCAGCUGGCAUUCGACUUUUAUCUUACGAUGCCGAUGCUCGGCCCUCCGAGCCGGAUGAGAAUCAAUCGACCGUCAGAUAGCAACGGCCGCAAGAUUGAAAUGGGCGACUGAGGACCCAGUCAUGCCCUACUAUCGCUGACACCGUCGUCGAGCUCAUACGCCGCCGCAUCGCCUCAACUGCUUCUGACGAGAAACAGGGCGAAGCUUAGCAGUGGUCACAAAGCACCAUCGUCGUCACCCUUUAGCCACAUUCGCGCAGGCCGCGGGUAUCGUCCCCAGUCAGUUUGAGAAUGCCCAAUCCGGGUCUCGCGCCCUUCACGACCGUGUUCCGCGCCGGCGGCGACGCCCCGCGGCACCGCGUGCGGCGCAACCGCCUGGCCGUCUCGUGCACGGCCUGCCAGCGGCGCAAGUCCAAGUGCGACCGGCGGCAUCCCUGUGGCGCCUGCGAAAAGCGCGGCGAUGCCGAGGCAUGCCACUUUGGGGGCACUGCUGCGAUGGCGGCAGCAGGGUCUCAGGCUGUGACGGGCGGUGGACGGGGAGUGGGAGCGGGACGACGACGGGAGGUGGCGGGUGCGGCCAGGGCGGCGCGGAGAGGCCUUACGGGGAGGACCGAGGUGCAGCUGCGACUGAGCCGUCUCGAGGAGAUGGUCAAGGAUCUGGCCGACGUCAAGGCCGCGCGCGGGCAGCAGCAGCAGCAGCAGGCUGGAGGGGAGUCGCUCAGUAAUGGUGACGGCGCGGCGAGGAGCUCCGGGCCACCUGUCCCGAGGCAUCACCGCAUCGUCUUGAUGGACGAGGCCGACGAUGAUGACGACGUCGUUGGGCACGGCGACUACCACGGCGCGACGUCGUGGACAGCGCUCGUCGACAGCAUCCACGACAUAAAGACACUCCUCUGCCAGAACGACAGCGACGACGACGAAGACGACGAUGCCGGGUCAGCAGCAACAGCAACAGCAGACGACGUCACCGUCUCGCGGCGCCUCCCCGCCAUCGGGCCCGAGUGUCACGACGUCCUCUUCCCCGGCGUGCGGCCCGUCAGCGUGGCCGACGUGAUCGGAGCGCUGCCGGCGCGGGCCGACGCCGACCGCCUGCUGGGGCUCUUCUUCAACGCAAAGUUCAUCUCCAAGCCGUUCCUGCACGCGCACCAGUUCCGGCGGCGGUACGAGGCGUUUCGGGCGGAGCCGGCGUCGGCGCCGAUUCUCUGGGUCAGCAUCAUGUUUUCGGUGCUGUCGGCGGGCGUGACGGUGGCCAGGGCGCGGGACUCGAGCCUGUUUGCGCGGCUGAAGCAGCAGCAGCAGCAGCAGCAGCAGCAGCAGCAGCAGCAGGACAAGGAGAAGCAGGCGUCGUCCAUCUCCGACCACGACGAUGUCAACCCCGAGGUGGCAUACCGCUUCAAGGCCGCGCAGUGCCUCGUCGCGGGCAAGUACCUGCGGGCGCGCGCCCUGUCGGUCGAGGCGCUCGUCAUGUACGCGCACUGCUGCAACAUCCAGCAGCACGACUCAGACUCGACGCUCUGGAGCCUGUACGAGGUGGCGGUGCGUCUCGCGCAGAAGCGUGGCUACCAUCGUGACGCGGCGCGCAUCGGGCUGCGCCUGACGCCCUUUGAGGCCGAGAUGCGCCGCCGCACCUGGUUUAUGGUGCAGUCGGCGGACCUGCUCUUCUCCUUCCAGCACGGCGUGCCCUCGUCCGUCGACGACGGCCUCUGCGACGUCGCCCACCCGACCAACCUCGCCGACGAGGACUUUGACGAGCACUCGGACCCCCUGCCGCCGCCGCGCGCCCCCGUCGACCCCCUGCCCAUCCUCGCAUACGUCGUCAAGUCGCGCCUGUGCCGCCUCCUGCGCCGCGUCGUCCGCCUCACCCUCCGUCCGGACCCGGGGCCGCCGCCGUACACUCGCGUCCGGGAGCUGCACGCCGAGCUGGCCGCCUGGCACGACUCGAUCCCCGCCUGCCUGCGCGUCCGGCCCGUCCGCGACACGGCCUUUACCGACCAGAACUACACCAUCAUGCACCGCCUCAUGCUGGAGCUCAUGUACCUCAAGUCGCUGUGCAUGCUGCACCGCCCGUUUCUGACUGUAGUUGGUGGUGGUGGUGGUGGUGGUGGCGACGUGGACGAUCACGAGAAUCAUGGCGGCAACAACGAAGACGACAACGACAACGCCGACGACGGGCCGGCCUACUCGCGGCGCGUGUGUCGCGAGGCGGCCGUCCGCCUGCUCGAGCUGCACCUCGACGUCGACGCCGCCAUGCGGCCCGGCGGCAGGAUGCACGAGGACCGCUACAUGGUCACGAGCCUGACGUACCACCACUUUCUGCUGGCGGCCAUGGUGCUGUGCCUCGACCUCAGCGAGUCGACCGACUACAGCUUCGAAGACAGAACCAGUCGCACGCGCCUCCUCCACGCCAUCCACGCCGUCUGGUCCGCCCGCGCGGCCACCUCUCGCGACGCCGCCCACGCCUCGCGCAUCCUGCGUGCCAUCCUCAGCCGUGUCGAGACGCCGCCGCCGCCACCGCCCGGCGAUGCCUCGACCUCUUGCGCGUCAGUUAGCCCCUCCGGUGCGCUCACCGCCGUCGACGCGUCGUCCUCGUACGCGUCGUCCUCCACCUCUACCAUGGCCAUAUCUGCGGCGGCCUCCUCCACAACCACCACUCACACCAGCCCCGACAUCACGGCGAGCGGUGUCAACGCCGUCGCCCCGGCGAUAAUGUCCGAGGACACGUCACCUGCCGUCCUCGGCGGGGACGAGGUCGCGGCGGCCCAGCAUGCGGCCCUCCCUCCGUCUCCCCACCAACAGCAGCUGCCUCCGCCUGCGCCGCCUCAGUAUGACUACGGCAUCAUGGACGUCGACGUCGACUAUCCCGUCAACUUUGACGAGAUGCCCCAGCUGGACACCUUCUUUUCGAACCCCGGCGGCGUCGACUGGCACUCCAUCGACCAGUUCCUCCGCCUCAACCGCCCUAUGUCGGACACGGACAACGUCGACGACGACACCACCGGCCUCGCGUUCGCAGGCCCCUGAGGAUGAUGUCACUCCCCGUGGAGGAGGAGAGAGAGCCCUUGACAUGCACCGCACCCCUCCUUACUACCUACCCCCCACCCUCCCGUCUUUCCUCCCCCUCUUCAUGCUCCCCAAGUGUCCCAGUGUGUGAGAAGACCAUGGUCCCUCACUCACCCACUUAUUCCCGGCCGCCUGGCCUCUUGUCCGCGCGCGCGCGCGUCGCAGCAACGA